UUUUUAAUGUCAGGAGAACCAAACCUUAAAUCAUGGAGAUUUUGGGAUUAGAAGUCCCCCUGUGGAUAAUUUUGUUCACCGUAUUCGUAAUUUGGUUCUACAAGUAUUUGUAUUCCGGAUACGACUUUUUCGCUAAAAGAGGGAUACCAACAGUCAAACCGAUUUACCCGAUCGUUGGCAACCUUUGGGGGAUUUGGAACAAGGACACCCGAAAGUGGCAAGAGGAAAACGUGCGAAAAUAUGGUACAUUUUUUGGAAUGUACGAUGGAAAAGCUCCAUUGCUUUACGUCAGUGAUCCUGAGGUCAUCAAGGAAAUAUUUGUGAAAAAGUUCGACUGUUUCGCCGACCACCAGCAAUUUUCAGCGGGUUUCGAUCAGGUGAAAUACAUUCGAAAAUUCCUCUUCGUCAUAAGUGGCCAAGAUUGGAAAGAUGUAAGAAGCUCUGUUACUCCAGCUUUUUCAAGCGGGAAAAUCAAGAAGGUUUUGGAAUGUUUGAAAAGAGUUGAUUUGGAAAUGAAAUGCAGUGAUUUGGUCGGGCUGCAACUGGGUUUUUUUGGCAAAGUAACUCUGGAUGUGAUUGCAAGAUGUGCUUUUGGGACAAAGUUGGACAACUUGGACGACCCCAAUAACCCAUUUGCAGUCAACAGCGCCAAAGCUUUUCGACCGCCUUUGUUCGACAGUGCUUGGAGUCUCAUCCCAGACCUUUUCCCGUGGACGCAGAUUUUUGGGCUUGAGGCUUUUAUAAGCCGAGAUUCAAUCGAGUUCUUUGUCAAGACUGUAGAAGAGGUCAUAAAAUCGAGGAAAGCUGACGGUUCUACUGGCAAGCGUGGUGACUUUCUCGACGUUCUUCUUGAAGAAGCUGCCGCAGAAAAGGCAAACAGGGCCAAAGAUCCGAAUGCGAAAUCCGUCUUGGACGAAGAAGUUCUCAUUUCGCAAUGCGUCACAUUUUUCGCAGCAGGUUAUGACACUGUUGGAACUCAACUUGCGAUGGCUGGACAUUACUUGGCAUUGUAUCCCGAGUGCCAAGAAAAGCUUCACAAAGAAGUGAAAUCAGUGGCCAAGAAA